UCAUUUAUAUCACGUAUCCCGAUGCAGCAGCAGCAAAAAGGAAAGAAAAAGAAAAAUUCCUAAUUUUUUUUUCGCUCUCCAUUUGUGAUGCGUUUUGAAGAAGAAAAUUCCAAAUUCCAAUUAGAAACAAAUAAUUGAAGCCGCCAUAAAUAUUUAUUUUACAAUCAAAACAUUUCCCCUCGUGAAUUAAAAAAAACAAAAAUUAUUAUGAACUCGGCAAAUAAAAUUGUUUUGAUGUGAAUAAAAACCAAAAGAAAAGAAUAUUUCUUAUCGGACUGCCGCCAAAUAAGAGAAGCGCACCUCGCCAAGGAUUGUCGUCGUCGUCGAGAGUCCACCGACAAUCCGAGACUCAAAAAAACAAACAUUUAUUUAUUAUAUUUUAUUGAAAUAAUAAAAUCUUUUAUUUUUACUGAAUUUUCAUGGAAUUAUGUCUCGUUUGAGGGGGGCUAACGAAGAAUCCGCGACCGAGUCGCCUACAGUGUUGGUGAUUUUGGAUAGCGAUGACAGUGGCGAUGAAUUGACGGGGUUCUCAAGUCCACAUAAGCGUUAUGCCGGCGGAACAGGGCCAGCGACAAUGAUGGAACCUCCUUCGGCGAAGAAGAAGAUGAAAAUCGAUGGUGAGACGACGACGGAAGAGGCACCAAUUGACAUUGAUUCCAUCUCCACAAACCCAAUGCGAACAAGAACGAAGGUGUCUAGCGACACGUCGAGUAAGUUUCCAGUGUCUUCGCCGUCGGACACAGUGCCUUUGGCUGGCCAUCGCAAGAAAUACGUAAAGAACACGCUGCCCGCCGGAGCGGAGUGGAGAAUACUGCAGGAAAUCGCUCUCGGUCAUCCACCCAUCACUUAUCGGGAGAAAAUUGUUCAUUGGGUUUGUCGGGAAGAACUGAGCGACGUCGAGGAUGUCAAUAACUUCGACGACCAAUUUCAGAAACGCGAGAAGUUCUACUCGAGAAGUUCUUCGGGGAGGCGGAGCACUGGCAAGGAAUCGCCAUAUCCCAACUACAACUACCAGCACUUUCGUUCGGUGAUUCUGGAGAAUUUAAAGGGAACUCCAGUUGGAUCGUCUCAGGAAUCCGUCGGCACAAGAAAGUCAUCUCAAUUGCAACCAUCGUGCUCUAAAGCUUCAACAGUUCAUGAUGAGUCGCCUGCUCCCACGAAGCCCGACUCGAACAACGUAACCAUUUACGAGAAGAUUCUCUGCCCGAGUAGUGAGAGUAGUACCACAAAGGCCUCGCCGUCCAUUCGACUCCAUUGGACCGACGAGGAGUCGGUUUUUAGGUGUAAUCGUCUGAACCCCGACAUCGACAAGUACUCGCAGCUGAUCAAGGUCCGCAUCGACUACAACAAGCAGAUCGAUCUCAAGGCGAAGAUCAAUGAGAUCUUCAAGACGCCUACUGUGCCUAUAAAAUAUAGUUCGCCACCUUCCGAAAUGGUGUCCGCUGCAAGGACUGGGAGGAAGAGCUUGGAUGCCAAUAGCAGCAACGACACCAAGUCAGUCGAUGAUCAGAACGCUCAGGAAAUCGUUGAUCGAAAAAUCGGAAACCGUCGGAGCACUGGCGGUAAGAGUAACGACAGUCGGAGGAGUUCGAUGCGAAGAAGUUCGCAGCGCAAGAGUUCCGAGCGAGGAAGCACCGGCCGUCGCAGUUCGGAAAGAUUCCCAGAGGUUAAUUGCUUUCAACAAGAUGAAUUCUGCAACUAUCUGGGAUUGGGGAUGAAUGGAAAGGUAUACAGUCCAACACCGACAGACAACAAGAGGCGAUCGUUGAGGGUUAAACGUUUACUCGUGCAGACAGAGGCGAUGGACAAAAAGAAUGAUAAAAAGAAGGAAUUGAAGAAGAAGAAGUUGGUACAUUCGAUGGAGGACGAUGAGCAGAAGGAUGGCGACAAGUCAAAAGAGGAACAGGGACGAGCAGAAGAAGUUACUAUGACAAAUAAUCUCAAUGAACAGAACAGAUGUUCACUUCCUUCGUCAACAUUUAUUGAAAAACUCACUGGCAGUUCCUCCCCGGCUCCAGAAGAAGAUGAAUCGCCUAUAUCCCCGAAUCCCCUUACACCGAAUACCACGAAUAUUGCCUGUAAAACGCCUGAAAUAAAAAUUAUCACUCGGCUGCGUAAUACAGCAACGCCGCCCACAAAGUCAGGCAAUACCCCAUCAUCAGUGACGACAGUAAAUUCAAAUUCAACACCUCCACCAACAACCCGCCGCCAACGACGCACCCGAGCAACAUCGAACGGCACCUCAACGUGUCCAAGAUCGUCGCAAAGUGAUGACGAAUCCCCUGAAAAAUCGGCAGUUCCAUCACGACGUCGUCGUCUCAACCACCAUCAUCAUCCAUCCCAUCUUCAUCAUCAUCACACUCAUCAUCCGAAUGACAACGAUGGCAGUGAUCUGAGUGAAUCGUUGCAAAGUGAUCCGGCUCCUGCUGCGGCUGAUAGUGGUGGUAAUGGUGGUGGUGGUAGUGGUGGAUCCCCGCGACACAAUGGUCGAACUUCAACGAUUCCCGCAUCAUCGGAAGUAGGCAAAAAAGAUGAACUCAAUAAAAGAGAAGUGAAGGACCAGGAGAAAGAUGAAUCGGCCGAAUGGAUGCAUAAAAAAUAUCAACGCUAUCUUGAAGAAUCCCGCAAAACAAAACCAAGCAUAUUUAUUGUAGAAUCAAUAAAUAACAGUGAAUUUAAGUCAUCAUCGGUCUCGGUGGCGGCGUUUGCGUCUGCGUCGGCGGCGUUGAGUUGUGCAAUAAACAACCAGAAACAGAAUCAGAACCACAACACCCCUGUUAUUCCUAAGGAACAUUUAUCCAAAGAAUCAAAAAGUCAUAAGGCCAAGAAAUGGCCGAAAACGAGAAAGAGAGUCCUUCGGCGUUUGUUGCGACGAAAUGGAACCGUAGUUGGGACAUACAACCAGAGGAUUCUACGCAAUCGAAUUGUGUUCAAGUCGUCAAGAUCCAACAUCUCUAAACAUCAAAAGGUUAAAGUGAUGAAGAAAGAAGAAAUUCGAAUGCAUUUGGAGAACGAAAAGGAAGAAGAGGCAAAGAGGGAGGAGGAAGAAACAACCGAAGUUGAAAGCGAAAAGGAAAUGAAAAGAAAAAAGACGACGACAACGACAAAGACAAAGACGACGAAGAAGAAAAAUAAGGAAAUUGAAGAAGAGAAUAAAGCCUCACAGAUUGAUUUUGAGAUCAACAACAGUUCAACAGAUGUGCAAUCAGCCUUUUCUCCCAUAGAUCCCCUUGCUCUAACACCACCUCCGCCUCAAAUGACCCCCCAUGAAGAAGAAGAAGAUGAAGAUCGAGAAGAUGCAGAAAGAGCAAAAUCAUUUGAAAUGUGUGAUGUUGAAAUCCAGACUGAGCCCUACAGCCCUCCGCCUUCAUUGCCACCGAUAACCUUCCUAACAGAACCCUCAAAUCGUAUGCCUAAUCCUCUGACACCAGAAAAUGGGCGUGUUAUUUAUGCCUUCUACGAAUUAGAUAUUCUAACAAUUGUUCAAGACUUCAUGGUGACUUUUUGGAAGACUUUCAAAUUAAUUCAAGUUGUUGGCAAUACAACUGAGGAAUGGGUACAUCUUGGAGAGUGCAAGAGACUGUUGUUUGAUAAUGAAAUCAAUGCUCCUUAUAAAAAUCGCAUUUGUGUUCAUAAUUCAAUACCAAUUUAUAUGGAAAUGCGAGCUAAAGAACUACCAAAGCUCAAUCGGGAUUGUUGUUUGAUUUCCGUUUAUGUGAAUGUCUAUUAUUAUCAUGAUGAGGAAUUGAUUGCUAAAUCACAUUCCAUACAAUUGGAUACGGUUGCGAGUCUUCCGCAGAACGUGGUCUAUACGACUAUAACCGAUUCAAGGUAUUUCGUGAUGUGUUGGUCCCAGGAAACAAUGAUUGGAAAAACCCUAUCGGGACUGUGUAAAUACUCCCUGACUCCUCAUCUAGACACUUUGGCCAGUAUUCGUGAAUUCAAGAGUAUGCGACAUGAAAUUCGUUAUUUGGAGUGUACUACUGAUGACAAUUUAAUUGGAUUUGGUGAUUCUCAAGUGACGUUGUGGGAUCAUCGAAGCGGCGAUAUUCUAAUGAAUUAUGAUCUCGAUAUGGAAAUUGGCAAUAACCUGGGUUCAUUGCAUUUCCCACCACUGGAAGUUGGUCAUGCAAAAACCGUCCUAAUUUUCCAGAAGACAUCCGCUGAAGAACUCUCAAUCAUAGCAAUAAAUGUCUCGCACAAUAGCCCCUCACAUCAACUUGUCUGCAAGCACAUUCUACCGCCGGAAUUUGAUAAUCUCAAGUCCACAAUCGGCAUUGAUGAUUAUACAAUUCUCACCAACUCAGAGCAUCAAGAACUGUGGAUAGAUCAUUCAGAUCCUCAGUAUAUGGUUCAAAUUAAAACUCCCGAAGGUCAGAGGAGGUUCUAUUCAAGAUGUAAGCAAAAUGUCAUUGUUAUAACCGAGAACCAUUUGGCUUUGGAGACUUUCAGUAGUUUUGUAUUGAAAAUGAGUAAUUUUUCAACGGGUAUGUGAAAGAGAUACCAAAAGCGAAAGUGAGAGAAAUUUUAACUUAAAAAGAAAAAUACAAAUUAAAAAAAAAGGAAAACGAAAAGUCGGAGUGUGCAACGCUUUAUUUAUUUUUUCCUCUCUGGUUUUAUUAUUUUUGAAAUAUACACAAACAUUUAUUGCUUUUACCGAUUAGUCGAUAUAUAAAUUUUAAAUUUAAUAAAAUUAAAAAACCUUAAAGAAAUAAAAGCGAACAAUAAAAAUAAUAAAAAAAAAAGAAAUUUGAAAAUGUUCUCAUAUAAAACAUUAAAAACAAAACCAAUAUAUUUAUAAAUAAUAGAAAAGAAAAACUAGUUAUAAAUUUAAUAUUACUAAUUUUAAUGUCAAAGACAUUGUUGAUGUUAUUAAUAAAACAAGAAAAACGUAAAAAACAAAAAUAAAGCAAAAACUAUGGAUAAUAUUAAUAAAAUUGAAUAAAAAUACAUAAAGGGAAAUAAUUAAAGUUUAUUUCUUAAGAAAUUAAA